AUGGAUCUCUCAGUGAUUGCUGCUGAGGAUAUACAGAAUGUGCUCUCAGCUAUGCAGAAGAACUUGGAGUGCCCAAUAUGCCUGGAUGUGGUGCAAGAGCCAGUGUCAACAAGAUGUGAUCACAUGUUCUGCAGUUUCUGCAUGUUCAAGCUUCUCAGCAAAAACAAGAAAGGUGUGGUACAGUGUCCUCUGUGUAAGGCUGAAGUUACCAAGAGAAGUCUGAAAGCAAAUUCCAGAUUUAAGCAACUAGUUGAAGGAUUGUUGGAAACUAUCCAUGCUUUUGAGUUGGACUCUGGAGUGAAGUUUUUAAAGAGUCAUCACUUUCCUAAAACAUCCACAGAAGCCACUGCUGAUGAGUUCCUGUAUAAAGAAAGUUCUGUCAUCCAAAGUAAAGGCUUCAGGAGCAGGAAAAAACGUGAUAAAGAAAAUGGGCAAGAAAACUGCACCUUGGUAAUUGCUAAUGUGAGCGCUCAGCUUGUAGAUACCAAGGUCAAAAGGUGUUGCCUAAGAAACAAACCCCAGAAAUGUGAUGCUCAGAAAGGGAUUUAUGUGGAGCUUGACUCUGAAUCGUCUGAAGAGUUUUUUGAACUGGAAAGCAAAACUAGGUCUGAAGACAAAGCAGUGGUUCAUAUUUCUUCCCAAGAAAAACUAGAAGAACUUGAGAGUACUAAGAAGGGGAAUGAAAAUUCUUGUAAUGCACAGCCUGACAAGCUGUGUGCCAAAGAAAGAUCACUACCAAGUGUUGUAGGUGAAAGUGAUUUCUUGAAGGAAGGCUUGAGCAAAAAGAGCCCUCAGAGCAUUGCUGACUGUGCCAAACCUGAACAAGUGAAUACGACUGAAUGCCAGAGCUCUCCUUUAAGUGUUCUUGCUGUAGACCUCCUCCCAGAGCGAUGUGACAGAAUGGGUAAUGCCAGUCCCAUAGUGAACAGGGACGCAUCAUUCUUGAACACAGAAGCAAUGGAUGAAGAGCAAACUCAGUACAAAGAGUUUCUCUUAAGAAAGAGUUCAGAGAGCAGGCUGGAUAAAAGCAAGGAGAUAGCUACUGUUGUACAAAGUGUGGAAGCUGUGGAAAUGCAUGAAUCUGAGAAUGACUCUUUCCAUGAAAAAGAACCUCCUUUGGAGAAGCUGGUUCAGCCAGAGACACUUCAGUGUGCCACCCUGGAUUUAGUCUCCAGGAAGAGGCUGAAGCAGAGCAUUCAGAAAGUCAAUGAAUGGUUUUCAAAAAGUAAUGAGAUUGUUUCUUCCCAUUCUUCCCUGGAUAGUUCUGCUGGAGCAACUGAUAUAUCAGGUGAAGGAGAUGGGUGUUUAUCAGAUAAAGAAUCUUGUGUUUCUGAAAAGACUGACCCUAUGGUAGAUUCCAUGGAAAUUACAGCAGUUGAAGGAAACAAGAGAGGGUCAAAACAAACAGCAGAUAGCAUCAAGGACAAAAUAUUUGGAAAAACGUACAAGAGAGAGAGGAAAUCAAAUCCUCCUUAUACCUUGAGAGACAUUUUACCUGCCACACCAAAGGAAAAUGUGGCUACUGCCACAAAGCAAAGACAGACAGAGUCUUCCUUUGCUUCCAGCAAAGACAGACUCAAACGCAAAAGGAAGACUGCCAGUGUCCUGCAACCUGAGGAUUUCAUCAAGAGAACUGAGGCAGGAGAGGCAGAUAGGGGCCUUCAAGGUGUUAACAGGGAGCCUGGAGAUGCUGAAAGGGAAAGUCUUGCUGUUGAUGAGAGUCACCUCCCUCAGAUUAGAGCGGAUAAAACACCAACAGAACUCGAGGAAGGAGGAUCCACAUCGAACAAAGCUAUUGAAGAGGUGGCUGGAAGGGACCUAGAAAUGUAUACCUAUGAUCAGAAAAGUAUUAGAAAGAGAAGUUCUGCAGCAAAAAGGUGCAGACGUUCUACUAGAACCAUGUGUGCUCUACAGUUAGUGGCGGAUAGAACCUCUGUUUCCCCCGAUCCAGCUGAGCCACAGAUUGAUAGCUAUCCGAGCAGUGGAGAGCCCAAGAAAGUUGAUUCUGAGCAAAAGCAAGUCAGGCACAGCAGGAGGCUUCAGUUACUUGCUGAAGAAAUGAGAAAAGAAACAGGAAAAAGAGGGGUAGUAAAGGGUGCAAGAAAGAAUGGCAGUGAUCAUGGAGGGUCUGUCUUUGGAGACCAAAGCAAUGUUGUAACCUACACUUCUGAAUGCAAACACUUGUGUGAGCCUCAGGAUGUGUUGAGUUACCAGCCAGUCACUGACCUGAAGGAAGGUGAUCUGGAAGCAAAUGGAAUGCAGGUUAGUGUAAGGAAUUUCUCUGACUCUACAGAAACUGGAAAAAAUCUCUUCAAUCCUGCAUGUCAGCCUUCAAACUGUGGUUCCUUUGCACCUGAUGCAGCUUCUCAAGAGAGUGAAAUACGAGACAGUCCUAUCCUCCAACAGCCUCCUUCAGUGCCUGCUGUGCAAACUGCUUCCCAACAGACUGCGUCACCUACUGCUUCUCCCCAGGAGUGUGAGCAGGACUCACAAAGUGUUUCAGGUGACUUCAGAACUGAAAAGUUGCCAAUGGCUAAAAAUGUUUUGGAUUUGACCAAGGAAGCUGAGGAUAGUGAAUUAGAUACACAGUAUCUGCGAAAUACAUUUAGGCAUUCAAAACGCUUAUCCUUUAGCCUUUAUCAGGCUCCCAGGCAAGCACAUGCAGAGGAAGGUGCUGCUUCUGAAACUCUAAACCUGUCAUGUGCUGCUCAGGUAGGAAAUAAGCAUCACAAACAUUUACACCCCAAAGACUUGCAAGAAGACAAAACUGCUGAAAGCUUGAGCAGGGCUUGUGAGAAAGAGAGGCUGAAGACCUGUGAGUCUGCCUGUGUUGGUCCUGUGACUUGCUUUGCCAUCAGCACAGGAGAACACAGAGAUAUUUCACAGUCUGUGAAGAAAGGGACUCUGACACCAGUGAGAGCAGGGACUGCUAGGAUUGAGGACAAAAUGGGAUUGCUAAAAGGAAAGCAGGACAAUGAAAAGCCAGUGUCAGCUGAUGUAGGUAUAGAGGGUGACCUGAGACAGACUCUGAUCAAACCUAAUAGCAGCCAAGAUGAGCAGAGUAACACAAAAGAGCACAAUUCCAAAGAAACUGAUUUAAACACACACCAUGAAAUAGGCUGCAGUUCAAGAAGCAAUCACGAGGGAAAGACCAAAGUUGUUGGUGGCAAAGGACCAGUACUACAUCUUCAAUCCAGAUCAAACAUUUGUCCUGCAACUUGUCAGCAAAGCCCUGCUGAAUUCAGCUGUGAAGUCACUGAGGGACAAGGUAGCAAGAGAGAAAGAAAACGAGUAAAAGGGAGUGAAGAACAAGCAACCCAAACUGCUAGCACAGCAGUGCCUGAGUGUUUGGUUGCAGAAGCUCUAGGAGAACCUCUUAGAGGGAACAGUGAUUUUACAGGUUUGUCUGAAACCCCUGAUGGCUUACUGAGCUCUUCUAAUGAUGUUGAAGAGAACACCAGCUUUGGUGAAACCGAUAGGAGAGAGCAAUCUGCAGUGUUUGUAAAAGGAAGUGACAAUGCCCUGGUGAAAGAACUGCCCAAUAGAAAUGUUAAUUCUAAGCCAAGAUCUCAAGGCAUUCAAAAGUCUCGAAGACGAGUGCAGAAACUGCCAUCUUCAGAUGAAGAAUCCAGUGAAGAUGAAGACUUCCCAUGUUUUCAGACAUUAAUAUUUGGCAAAUCAGUGAGCACACCUGUGCAGGUCCACAAACAAGUGACAUCUGUGGUAGAGUCUUCAGCGAGUCCCAUCAUGUGGCCCAACAGUGGAAGUAACGAUGACAAUGUUAUGCAGAAAAUGCCUGAAGCUGCUGUAAGUACUGGGUGUGUUUCACCAAGCCAGGAGUCGCAAUGCUCUGUCAACUUGUUUUCUUCCCAGUCCAAUGUGUCUGAAGAACUAGUUAAUGGAGCACAGGAGCCAAAGAAACUUUUACUGCUAGUUCAUGCAUCCAAACAAGUCAGCAAUGUGAAUGAGAGUGAAGAAGCUUUUCAGAGUAGUAAUGGAAGGAUGAAGAGAACCAAAACUAACUCCAAAGAUGAAUGCCAAGAUGACCCAAACAUGGGAGCAAACCAAGGAGAAGCAUCUGGGUAUGACAGUGAAACAAGUAUUGUAGAAGACUCAUGUGAUCCAUUCUCUCAGGGUGAGAUCCUUACUACACAGCAGAAGAAUGCUAUGCAACAUAGCCUAAAGAAGCUUCAGCAAGAAAUGGCUGUGCUUGAAGCAGUGCUAAAGCAGCAUGGAAGUGAGGACUGUGAGAUUUUACCUGUCCAUGGGGAACUGCCACAUUCCAGUAGUGAAGAAACACAUGGAAUGGAACAAAUGAGACGAGAAAGAGAAAGAUCUCCAGAAUUGUCGCUUCUAUAUCCUGAAUCCUGUUUGUUGAAGAGACCAGAAAUGGAGUGUGAGAGUGUUCGAAAGAACAAAGUUCCUUCUCAAAAGACAAAACCUGUGCCGGAAUACAGGCAGUGCCAGCUGGAAGCAGAAAACACAGAGGAGCAGAAAUCUGGAACCAGGCACAACAGUGCAUCUGUCUCAUCGGAUCUGUCUGGAAAUGGGAUCAAGAACCCAAAUAACUCUUCCUCCUCUGGAAGUCUUCUUAACCCUCAAACUGCAGAAGCCACAAAUGGGUCUGUUGUUGCUCAAAACACUAAUAAAACCUGUGACCCAGGACACAAAUGGAAAAGUGCAUGUUUUCCGGUACAUGUUCUGCACGAUACAGCUGGGAAAGGAAAACCUAAAAGUCCAGCUGUGACUAAGAGGAAAGAAAUGUCAAUUGUGGCAUCAGGUCUGAAUCACAGUGAACAUUUGAUGGUCCAGAAGUUUGUGAGAAAAACUCAGAGCACUUUAUCCAAUCACAUCACUGAAGGAACAACCCAUGUCAUCAUGAAAACAGAUAAGGAGCUGGUGUGUGAACGGACACUGAAGUACUUCUUGGGUAUUGCAGGAGGAAAAUGGGUAGUUAGUUAUCUGUGGGUAAUUCAGUCUUUUAAAGAAGGAAGGAUACUGAAUGAGGAGAACUUCGAAGUUAGAGGAGAUGUAAUCAAUGGGCGAAACCACCAAGGUCCUAAGAGGGCUAGACAGUCUCUGACUGAAAAGAUCUUUAAAGACUUUGAGAUCUGUUGCUAUGGACCUUUCACUGAUAUGACUACAGAGCAUCUGGAGUGGAUGGUGGAGCUCUGUGGUGCCUCUGUCGUGAAGCAGCUUCAUCUGUUCACACACACAUCGAAUUCUACUGCUGUUGUAGUUGUGCAACCAGAUGCUUGGAAGGAAAACAUGGAUUAUACAGCAGUCCAGCAGCAGAACAGCGUUGCCAUGGUGACUCGGGAGUGGGUCUUGGACAGUGUGGCUUGCUAUGAGUGCCAGAAGUUGGAUGCUUACCUCGUGUCCUAA